AUGUUUUUUCUACAAAAAAAUCCGCUUUUUCUGAUAAAAAAUAAGUCAAGUAAACGUACACGAAAUGAUUCAGAAAUACCUGUAUCAAAUGAUGACUCAAUGAAUGCAUUUCCCUCUUCUUUGCCUCCAAGCAGUCCUCCAAUGCUAAGUGGACUUGAUAUUUCUGAAAACGAGGCUUUAAUUGAUGAUAUGAUUGAUGAUUUAGAUGAAGCAGCUGAAGAAGAAGAUGGAGAAGAUCUUUUUGGAGAAAAUAUGGAACGGUAUAAUCUUAUAUCUUUGUUAAGAGAUUACAUGGAAAAUUUGGAACUUGAUCAAUAUGAUAUUGAGGAACUAGAUGAUGAGGGAGAAUAUGAAGCAAUGGACCCAGCAUUGCGUAGACAAGUCGAAGCUAAGCUCAGAAGACGUGACAAAGAGCUUGAACGUGCAAAGGGAAUACAUAAAACUGCAGCAUUUCUUCAAGACGAUGAUGAUGAUCCACUUGAUUUUUCUGUGAUACGUAGGCGUAGACGUUACUAUGAUGAUCGUCAGGAUGACAUGAAUGAGGAACUUGUUGAUGAAGAGCUUACUUUAGAUGCACUUCUAGAUAUUAAAGCAGAUUCAAUGAGCGAAUGGGUAUUGAUGGAACCAGUACAGCGAGCGAUUUCACGUGAAUUCAGAGCUUUUCUUCUCGAAUAUACUGAUAGCAAAGGCAUAUCAGUCUAUGGUAACCGUAUUCGAACUCUUGGAGAAAUGAAUUCAGAAAGUCUUGAAAUCAAUUAUACACAUCUUUCGGAGUCCAAAGCAGUAUUAGCGUAUUUUCUUGUCCAUUCGCCUUUUGAAGUUCUUUCUGUAUUUGAUAGAGUGGCUAUGGAAGCAACUCUUUUGCAUUAUCCUGAUUAUAAGCGUAUCCAUAGUGAAAUUCAUGUUCGUAUUAUAGGAUUACCUAAAACCUUUAAACUUGGGGAAUUACGACAAGCACAUCUUAAUUGUCUUAUCAAAGUUUCGGGUGUAGUAACUCGACGUACAGGUGUAUUUCCUCAACUUAAAUAUGUUAAAUUUAAUUGUCAAAAAUGUGGAAUUAUCCUCGGUCCAUUUUCUCAAGAUAGUAACAUGGAAAUAAAAAUAGGAUUUUGCCACAACUGUCAAAGUAAAGGACCUUUCUCUUUAAAUUCAGAGAAAACAAUAUAUAGGAAUUAUCAAAAAAUGACAUUACAAGAAAGCCCUGGAACUAUUUCUCCAGGUCGUUUACCACGUCAUAGAGAAAUUAUUCUUCUAUGGGAUUUAAUUGAUAGUGCAAAACCGGGCGAAGAAAUUGAAGUUACAGGGGUUUAUAGGAAUAAUUUCGAUGCAUCAUUAAACGUAAAAAAUGGAUUUCCUGUUUUUGCUACAAUUAUUGAAGCUAAUCAUAUCAAUAAAAUGUAUGAUCAGUUUUCUGCAUUUAAUUUAACAGAAGAAGAUGAAAAAGCUGUUAAACAGUUAUCUAAAACUGAAAAUAUAGAUAAAAGAAUUAUUGCAUCUAUUGCGCCUUCUAUUUAUGGGCAUCAUGAUAUAAAACAAGCAAUUGCAUGUUCUUUAUUUGGUGGUGUGCCAAAAGAUAUAAAUGGUAAACAUAGUAUUCGUGGAGAUAUCAAUGUGCUUUUGCUAGGUGAUCCUGGUACUGCAAAAUCUCAGUUUUUAAAAUAUGUUGAAAAAAUAGCACAUAGAGCAGUAUUUGCAACAGGCCAAGGAGCAAGUGCUGUUGGUUUAACUGCUAGUGUAAGAAAAGACCCAGUAACAGGAGAAUGGACUUUAGAGGGUGGAGCAUUGGUCCUUGCAGAUAGAGGUGUUUGCUUAAUCGACGAGUUUGAUAAAAUGAACGACAAAGAUAGAACAUCAAUUCAUGAAGCUAUGGAACAGCAGUCUAUUUCAAUUUCUAAAGCAGGAAUUGUAACAACACUUCAAGCACGAUGCGCAAUACUAGCAGCUGCAAAUCCUAUAGGUGGUAGAUAUAAUACAACAAUACCUUUUAGUCAAAAUGUUGAACUUACAGAGCCGAUAUUAUCUCGGUUUGAUAUUUUAAAUGUUGUAAAAGAUACAGUAGAUCCAGAAGGAGACGAAAGAUUAGCAAAAUUUGUCAUCGGAUCCCAUCUAAAAAGUCAUCCUCAUUACAAUUCUACUACAAAUUUGACUCAUUCUGAACAAUCUAAAGACUCAAUUGAGCCAAUACCUCAGGAUUUAUUACGAAAAUAUAUAAUAUACGCUAGAGAACGCGUGCAUCCAAAACUUCAUCAGAUGGAUCAAGAUAAAAUUUCCAAAUUAUAUAGCGAUAUGAGACGAGAAUCCUUAGCAACCGGAUCAUAUCCUAUUACUGUACGCCAUUUAGAAUCAAUUAUUCGAAUAAGCGAAGCGUUUGCUAAAAUGCAUCUUUCCGAAUAUGUUAAAACACAACAUAUUGAUUCUGCUAUUAAAGUAAUUGUUGAUUCUUUUAUUAGUGCUCAAAAAUUAAGUGUUAAAAAAUCAUUGUCAAGAGGUAAUCUUUGCUAUUAUAUAAUUUUCUAUAAAUCUAAUGCAAACAAAGCAUUUGCUAAAUAUACAUUGCCCAAAAGCAACCGAAUACCUAUCAAAGCUUGA